GGUAAUUAUUAAUUUAAAUAUUUAAGGAUGAUGACAUAGUAAUUCUAUUGGUUGCAUUAUUAAAUAAUAAAUUUAGGUAGAAUAUAUAUUAUCAAUCCAUUACAUAAUUAUUCUAUUUAAAAGUUUCCAUUUCCUUCCCAGCAAUAUAUUAUCAAUCCAUUACCCCAUUUUGUAAUUCCCUCAUACAUAUUAUAAUCUGUCAACCCCCUGUUUUUUCAAAUUUCAAGUUACCUUGUGGCCCGCUCAGUUUCUGCAAAUUCAUGCCUCCAAAGCUGUUAGAUCGGAGGGUCUUUAAUAUCAAGAUCUCACAUUCUCACUCUUUCUCAUCACAAAAUUUAUUUUCGUGGUCACCUGUUUUUUGCUAGAAAUGAAGAGUUAAAAGAGGUGGUCUUGGAAACCUAAUUUAAUUCAGGAACGGAAUAGGAAUAGGAAUAGGAAUAGUUAAGACUGACUUUUGAAGUUUCUAAGACUUGUUGUAGCUGAAAAAGGAAAAUAGAAAUCUACGUUUGCUGCUAUGAUGUUUUGCUUAGCAAGGAAAAGGCGACUAGCAUUGUCAGUACCCAAUCCAGGGACAGGUAAUUCGAGGAUUCUUAGUCAGUACCCAAUCCAGGGACAGGUAAUUCGAGGAUUCUUCUCUUAAUUUCCAUUCUACUUUUGUCGUAUUUGUUCGUCGGUUUAGAUUGCAAGGCUGCCUUAUUCUGUUGGAUUACCACAUACUCUUUGCUAAAUUUAAAUCAAUUAUAUCGUUGUGAAGAACGUGAGCGGUGGAUUGGAUUUUCGGAGCUCUUUUUCAAUGUUUACACUAACUUGUAUGUUGUGGUCUCAAAACGCAUAAGCAGGUACCCAUCAUUAUGAACCUUAUCCGUAUUACCCAAUUCUCAAAAAAUAAUAAAAACCCAGGCCUCCUCAUGAUUAUUUUCUGUCAAUUCAACGUUCCACAUUCUUGAUUUGUGGUGAGCUUCGGUGCUUUCCAUCAAGUGAUAAAACUGAACCAAAAAUUUCUACGCAAAACUCGACUAUUCACCUGCCUUUCCUUUUGUCUCUUUGGUUUUUGUUUAUAUCAAUUAUGCUUUAUGUGUAUGAAAUCUACAAACUCAAACGUUGCAGCGGAUUAAACAUAUCUCUCUGUAGUUAAAACAGUGAUUAAAACCGGUCACACCGAGAUCAGUUGUAUUAAAAUAAUUGUAUAAACUUGAUGAUACAGUUAUAAUACAAUAUUAUUAGUUGAUUAGUUAAUUAAUUAAAAUUAAAAUACUGUUAGUCAAUUAAAAUUAGACUAUGAAUAAAAUUAAUUUUGUAUAUUAUAUAUACAUAUUUUUGUGAAACACUGUUGUGGAACAUAAUAUUCUCUUCUUGUGAUUAGUUGAAUAAGAUGUAGUUUAUUAUUUUAAGUAAUUUGAUAUGUUUAAAUAUGGAAAAUGAGUCAAGCAACUUGUCAAUUAAUGUAUCGAUCAGGUAUUUUUGAAUUCUAGUCAAGUUAAUUGGUGUUCCGGUGGUGGCUUAUAAGAUAUUAAAUCAAUGAUAGACAAGCAUGUAUGUAUGACAUAUGUAUUAAUGUAUAUUACUGAAAUAGGAGGUUGAUGUGUAGCUUGUACAUUUAAUAACAAGUACUCCUUGCUUUUGUUUUGGUUGAUUUGAAAAAGGAUCGGCAAGUUUUACCUAGUGAAUAAAUACACUUGAUGAUUAAAAAGGGUAUAGCUGAAGCAAGAAUAUUAAUAGUAAUAAAGAAAAAAACCAAAUCUUGUUUUGCCAAUUAAUGAAGACAAUCAAGAACCUUCCAGACCUAGUGGUUGUACACGUGGUUGAUUGCAGGAAACCAAAACCAGCCAAAAAUAUAAUAAUUCCGUGCAAUUGGGUUGUGUUGUAUUAAUGGAAUCCAUGUGAUUUCUGGCGUAUACAAUCAGUGCACGUCAUUUAGGAAGCAUCCCCAUCCCUUUCCCGUUCCAUCUGCGGUUAUGCGCUCUUUCGUGCUCUGGAACUGAUAGGUGUAGCCUUAGGCACCCACAGAAAAUGUCCUUUCUCAGAUGAAACGUCCUCAGUAUACCAUUGGUGCUAUUUUCUCUUGUGAUUUUGAGAAUUGUUCUGUCGCCAUUGAGAGCGAUCCCACGUUUCAAACACUAAGAAAAAGUGGGAGGACUUAGUUGUUACAAGUCUCUCUGUUUGCAUAGGUCAAACAUAGUGUGGUCGUAGUUUGAUCUUUGAUCCUUUGUGGACACUUAAAGUUUUAGUCGAAAAUGGACCAGAAAAUCACCCCUAGUCACUCUAUCUGAAAAAACAUUAAAACCUUUUUUUUUUUCCUGGCCGGUGGGCUGCCAAGUCAUUUCAUCACCCUGAUAUUUCAAUUGUCGCUAGGUGGAAAUUCUUUAGAACUGCUUGGCUGCCUCGAUGCAGUAAAAUACAAUAUAAGACUUGAAAGUGUAAAACAGAUACACGUAAAAUCCGGGGCCGUCGACACUUGAUGUUGCUUCUAGAAGAUUUGCUUCUUCUUUUUUUUUUGUUUCUUCUAGAAGGGUGGGUUGGAUCUAUCUAUAUCAAAGAGUAGCCUGCCCCGCCGUAUUCCUUCUAGAAAAGAAAAAAGCAGAUGCCACUUCCGUUUAUGAGUCUCUUUUUCAUCUUCCACGGAAUAAAAUACACUUUCAAUUCGAGCAUGCCAACCUGUUAAGCUUGAUAGCCAACAGCAAAAUUCGUGUGUCAAACACGGCAGCUGCCCCACCCCUGUUUUCUUUAUCAGUUCUUUUUAUAUUCUUCCUUUAAAUAUUUCUGGUCUAGCUAUAUAUAUAAAAAAAAAUCUGCGUAUAGGAAAGGCUUCACAACAAAGUCACAAGCAAAAUUAAUGCUAUUUUUCUUUUGUGGUGUUGUUCUCUAGUGUUGACAAGGAUGGACAUGAAAAAUAAUGCAGUCGUUGAUGUCUCUUCUUUCUUUCUCUUUGAGGCUACCGGAGAUUCGGAAGCUGGUUAUUUUGAUCCUGCCAUGUCUGUUAUCAACCAUGCUGAAGAAGAUGAUGAAGAUGACGAUGAUGAUGAUGAUGCAGAGUCAUGCAGCUGUGACACAUCUGAUUUUGUUCCUAGUGUUAGAGGGCUUAAUUGCUUAGAAGACAUAGCAAAUGUUGAUGAUGAAGAUGAGGAGGAUGGGGAGGUGGUGGAGCAGCAAAAAGAGGUUCAUGUGUGUAAAAAAUGGAGCAAUGAUCAACAAAUUGGAGUAGCAAAAGAACAGAAAUCAGCUGUUUCUGUCGAUUCAACAAAAUCCAUGAAUGAGAUGGAAAAGAACAGGCUAUUUUGGGAAACCUGCCUGGCAUCUUAGAGUCUGGGUGUAUUUUUUUUUUUUUGUUCUAGCUAGCCAAAUGACUUUCCCAGACUUUUUCCUUCUGCAUCAUGUUCUCCAGUUUUCCCUAUUUUUAUGUUCUUUCCCACUCUUUUUUUGCUGGGUGCUUUGCCAUUGUGUAUUGUUUGAGAUACUGCCAACUGUAAAUGGAUAACAUGGUUUUGUAACAUGAAGAAAGUAUGCAAACGAAUCAAUCUUGUUUCUGUAAUCUAUGCAGUUUCUCUAAAUAAUCUUUGAGGGUUCUUCCUU